GAAAACAUACGCACUAACAACAUGCUCAGCGUUACUAGUAUCUAACUACUACAUUAACCUUAACGUCGGAGAGAUAUGGAAUACCUCGGAGGAUAUUAUUAGAGCUCCGCAGUCAAAAAGAAACACUAAACCUAACGGAAACGGAGCUUUAGCGACAACGGAAGAAGAGAGAAGUGAAACCUCGCGUUUGGGCUGUAGUUUUUUUUUUUUUUUUUUUUUGAAGUUGCUCCAAACAGUUGUCAGACUCUGCGCACUUGCUUCCUGUUGUCAGUGAGGCGAAUAGUUAUCUAACAGCGAGGUACAAUGUAAGAAGUAUCGCGACAGGUUACUGAAAACAAGGGCAGGAAAACACCGUGGUUCACGACGUAAACAACCCAGCGGACCCCUCGCGUGUGUUUGUGUUAGUUUUCUACAUGAGUCUGUCGGCAGGAUGUCGCUGAGCUCAGGCGGUUGGACUCACACCCCUGGCUACACACCGGACCAGUCUGCUGCCCCGUCUAGUCACCAUGGGGCCUCGCAGCCACAACUUGGCGGCCAAACCGUCCUCAUUUCGGUUCGGGUGUCGGUGUGCCAUUCUAGCAUUCGGCCCCUGUGUCUUCCGGGAGCAGGUGAUGAGUCACUCCGCCUGCAGCUCAGCAUGGACCCGGGGAAAUCCGGGGAAUUCCGGCUGUCGCUCCAGGACAGCAGCGAGACUGGCCGAAGUGUGACCAUCGCAGAGUUUGAUUUGAGGACAGUAAACUAUGAGGUGAAGUCUCCAAAGUGCCAUGAACUGAGUUUGGCAGCACCUCCACAUGACCGCAUCAGCUUUAACUUCCGCUGUGAGCAGGAGGCCCAUGAGUGGGCCACCGUGGUGAUGUCAUCCUUAAGAGAGGCACGUAAAGUCGCCCCUCAAGAUAAUGGUCCACAGCCCCCAGUCGAUGGUGUCCAUCUUCACAACAUGCUGGCCCUGCAACGAACAGAGGACACCUGCAUAGAGCUGACCCGAGCCAUAGAAGCAGGCGACAUGCAGUCUGCUUCUUUCAUUGCUGCCACGCUCGCCCGACAACAUGCUGCGCUUAAGAUUCAGCCCUUUUCCAAAGACUAUGAAGACACAGAAAUCAAUUUGGCUGUUGUAGUUGAAGAUUCUUCCUCUUCCUGUUGUGUCACUGUGAAAGUUUUACCGCAUAUGACGACCGCAGCACUGAAACAACAGAUGUUUCUUGAGUAUGGCUUUCACCCACGGGUGCAGCGCUGGGUGAUUGGCCAGUGCUUGUGCGCCAACCAGCGUUCCCUUGCCUCCUAUGGUGUUCGUCAGGACGGUGACACGGCCUUCUUGUACCUCCUCUCAGCCCGUCAUGCUCGCUUGACGCUCCAGGUCCUCCAGCAGGAUCAGGAGAGCGCCCUUCUCCUUAGUCCUUCAUCAGAGUCGCUCCCCACCCCUCCCCAGCCUUCUACCUCUGCAAACGGCCCCUUGUCUCAGGACAGGAGGCCGUACACCACUCUACCCUCUAGAUUCCAUACCAGCAGCAACACUGGCGGCUCAGAGAGAGGACUCAUCAGUGAGAUCAGAGAUCUCAUCAACCUAGAGAUGCCUCAACUCAGUGAAGCACUGAGCCCCAACACAUCCUCCACCCAGGGUUGGGCAUGCCCCUCUUGCACUUACAUUAACAAACCAACUUGGCCAGGCUGCGAGAUCUGCAGUACAAACCGACCUGAGAGCUACGUCAUCCCGGGGGGAUACCGACCCGAUGCGCUGGAACUCCGGCGCAUCCAGCAAGAGAAGGAGGCGAUCAGGCAGUAUCAGCAGGCAAGGGAAGUGGAGCGCAGGGAGAAUUUUGCACGGCUGGUGAUGAUGGAUGGCCAUGAUCUGGUGCCUAACCCAGAACCUGUGGACUGUAGGAUCUGCUACGUGGACCUGCAGCCUGGAGAGGGGGUCCUGCUGAGGGAGUGUCUUCACUGCUUCUGCAGAGAGUGCUUACGCUCAGUCAUCAUGCUGAGUGAGGAACCCGAGGUGUCCUGUCCCUACAGAGAUGACACAUAUUCCUGUGCCCGCUUUCUGCAGGAGAGGGAGAUCAAAGCUUUAGUGCCGGCAGACGAGUAUGAGCGCUGGCUGCAGAGAGGUCUCUCAGUGGCAGAGUCUCGAUGCGAGGGCAGCUAUCACUGCGCCACUCCAGACUGUCGGGGCUGGUGUGUGUACGAGGACACAGUCAAUGUCUUCCACUGUCCUGUCUGUGGGAAACACAACUGCCUGAUUUGCAAGGCUAUCCACGAGGGUAUGAACUGUAAGCAAUACCAGGAUGAUCUUGCAGCUCGUGCCAUAAAUGACUCUGCUGCAAGGAGGACAACACAUCUACUCAAGACUCUUGUGCAAUCAGGGGAGGCAAUGCACUGUCCCCAGUGUGGCAUCAUUGUGCAGAAGAGGGAUGGAUGUGAUUGGCUGCGCUGCACCGUCUGUCACACGGAGAUCUGCUGGGUAACCAGAGGGCCCCGCUGGGGGCCUAGGGGUCCUGGAGACACCAGUGGAGGAUGUCGUUGCAACGUCAACAAUCAGAAAUGUCACCCUAAGUGUCAAAACUGCCACUAAGACACUCAAGAGUGGGCAGAUUGAAAGAGGAAAUGAGAGAUGACUUAACUUGGAAUAAACUAUUCUCUAAAAUAGGGGAAAGAAGACUGAGGAGUAUAAAAAUGUAUAUUUAAGCCAAAACUGACUUUGCAGGAUUGUUACAUACAGUGCAUCCCGCUUGUUACAACUGGAGACAUUCUCAGAAAAUUUCUAACCAUCACUUACUGCCAAAAUAUAUUCACUUGGCUUUUCAGUAUAAUCAGACUGACCGGAAUAAUAUCUUGACAUUUAGCUCUGCUUCUCACAAACAACAAAAUACAAGCUGUGUGAUUUUAGCAUAAAUCAGUCGAUCACAAUUGACUGUAAUGAUGAGAAGUAUGGUUGGAAGUAUGCAGGGAAAGAGUAUUAACUUUUUUUUUGUGCGUGGUGCCUUUUCAAAAUGAUUGCACUGCAAAUGUAGCAAUACAGAUGUUUUGUCCUCUGUUUUGGUAGUUACAUACCAGGAUGCAUUAAACUGAAGUGACCUUAUUCUUGUGCACAAAAGCUGUAGCAGGGUGUUUGUGAUGACAUUUUUCUAGGAAAAGUGAUAAAAUCCUUGUUGUGUCCUUGAUAUGCAAUUUUCUGCAUUGACGUAGAUUGUGUAUGUUAUAUAUUGUUAGUAUGUAUUUUGUGUCUGAUAAUGCCAUUUCAUGUGAGCCGUGUUACCAAAGACGUUUGAAAUGAGUAUGUGUCUGAUCGUUAGUCUGAUUCUGAUUUGUUGUUUUUAACACCCAACCUAGAGUGGAACAAGACUGCGUUCUGUUUGUCACUUACAGGCUUCCGUAUUUGACAAGAAGUGCAGGGGAGUAGAGGUCACAGAGGCAGUAUCUCUACCGCACUGCUGACCAGCUGUGUAUUGUAUGGCAGCAUUGUCAAUAAAUGGGACAGUGUAUUGAUUAAUAGUCAAAUAUUCAUUGUAAUACUUGAAUAUUGUCUGUCUGGUUGAUAAGCUCAUACUCCCAUUAAGGAACUAAAGGGUACACAUGGUGAUAUUAGCCAGCACACUUAACUGCUUUUAUAAUGGUAUGUGAAAUGCUUGUAUCCAUAUUGAUAUUUAGAAUAUUUUCUAAUUCAUGUAUGCAUGAAUUUCUUAUUCUUAGAUGAUCAUGGAUUUUCACAACAUCAUCACCUUAACUAGGAUAAGAGCGAGUAUCCUGACCACACCACUGCACUCUAUGUUCACCAUUUAAAAAAUAAGAUGCACUCCAAAUACCACAGUAUGCCCUCAACUACACUACUACCCCACGCUGAGAAGCCACAGAAAAUUGUUCACUGUUACUUGUGUUCAAAUGACAGCACUGUGUAGCUGAUGUUCCUCUGUGCCUUAAUGAUCUAUAAACAACCUUUA